AUGGCCUCUCGUGCUGCUGAUGCUUCGAGGGAACAGGUGCUGGAGCGCGUCCACUCCUCUCCACUGACGCCAUCUACCGAAGCCGUUUACAUCGCCCGGCGGGCGUUUUCUGAGGAUCUCCAUGGCACCCUCUUUACCAGGUGGCUGCAAGGCCGUGCCGGCUUGGGGUUCCCACUCCGCACCCUUCCCAGGUCGGAGUUCACGUGCAAGAUUUGCUUGAUGCAGUGCGAUGACAGGGUCAAGACGACUUUGUCCCAGUGUGCUGCGCCACAGACUCACACCCUGUGCAGAGAUUGCCUGUGCUGCUACCUCAAAGGUCGGAUUGAGGAGAGGCGUGUCAAAGAUCUCCGAUGCCCCUUGUUUGGCAGUGAUGGCUGCCAGGCGGUAGCGCAGGAGCAUGAGCUGGCCUCCAUCCUUCCGGAGGAGGUCUUUCAGAAGUAUCUCCGCUUCAGCGCCAUGGUCGAGGACGCCACGCUUCGCGAGUGUCCAACAUGUGCGGAACUAGUCAAGCCGCAGAUGGGCUCAGAGGCAGAUCUUGAAGCCAACGGCACUAGCGAGGUGCUGGCUUUGAAUCCGGAGAUGCGGUGCAGCCAAGGGCACCUUUUCUGCUACUACCACUCCAACGCGCACCCACCAGGCCAAGGGGCUUGCGAGGCCUAUGCGCGGGAGGAGGCGCGGGAGGCCAAGCUGGCGCUAGAAGCUCAGGGCGCCAAAGAGUGCCCGAGCUGCCAGGCACAGACGCUGAAGGCAGAUGGCUGCAACCACAUGGUUUGCUUCGCCUGCCAGAGCCAUUGGUGCUGGACAUGCGGGAAGCUUCUUGACGGACGCCUCAGCUUAGGCUGGCACUACAAUCCGGCGAAUCCGGCAGGCUGCUUACAAUUUUCGUCCUUGGAAAGCAAGGACCAGUUGCUUUCCUGUUCUGUGUUGCGCAAUGGCAGCGGGUUGCAUUGCCACGCGACAACACCUCGGGGUGCGCGUAUGACAUGUCCGUACAUCACAGUCCUGGGGUCACGUUCAUGGCAGGUCUGUCAGGAAGGCAACAUGGGAGCGCAUGACAUUUGUGAGCGUGCAAGGUGUGAUGGAGGUCAAUGA